ACUUUAACUAGCUAGAUGGAGAGAACUAUACUCAGGACGACUGUUAGAACACAACAACAAAAACGAUGUGUUUUAGACACCAAAUUCAAAAAGCAACCUACAGCUAAGGACAAACAUGAUGUUUCUCCUACAAAAGGACAUAUACCAAUAAACACCCAUAGAAAUAAAAUCAAUCCAGAUUCUCUGAAACAGGCUAAAUUAUUGGUAGAAAAAGCAAUUAAGGAAAAAAAAGUAUUUGCUAUCCAAGGCUAUUAUCCAUACAUACGGAGUGGCCUGAAGCGCAGAGGAUGGGUGGAAAAAAACAUUCACAAGAUCCGACGACAACAUGAUGAUGAUGAUGAUGAUGAUCCAGAAGGUAUCUGUGAUCUUAUGUCAAGGCUUUUACAUGAUCAAGAUCCCAAUUUUGUUUGGGCAUCAACACAUGAUUCCUUGAGCAGACACUUGUUGAAAAAUGAUCAGAUUAUAAUAAACCAUUAUCCCAAAUCUGUAUUCACAACUAAGGUAGGCCUGUGCCUCAAUUUAAGAAACCUACAUUGGUUUGCAGAUGCUGAUCCAAAUUCAUUUUCCCCACGUGGCUACAGACUGGCAGUCAAAGAGGAAAAACAAGAAUUUAUUGAGGAUUUCCGUCUCACUGCUGCCUGUAGCAUUCUAAAACUUGUUUCACGUGAAGGAAAAAAUAUGCCUAACAGAAGAGAUGUGAAAAAAGAAAUCACUGCUGCACUUCUGUUAAAAUAUAACAAGACAGCCAAACCACUUGUAACAAGUGUCCCAGUUCAAAUUAUCAAAACAGCUCUCAAGGCGUGCAAGCAAUACUUGAACACCUCGGAGCAUGAAGAUAUUGACUGGAAACUGGGUUCUACUAAUACCAUUACAGAAGAUCAAUGGAAAGAAUUCCUGCAUGGAUAUUAUCAGGUCAUCCAUGAAGAUGUAAUCAUAAAUGAGGCAGAAAAUUAUGUAAGCCAGUGCCAAGAUAUUUUACAAAAACUGAAGGCAGUGAACCCACAGCUUGACAUUGAAGGGGAAAGAAAUAUAUGGAUUGUUAAACCAGGAGCUAGCAGCAGAGGAAGGGGCAUAACCUGUAUUGAUCACCUAGAAGAAGCCCUUAAGUUUGUGGACUGCGAUCCACUGUUUAUAAGUGAUGGCAAGUUGGUGGUGCAAAAAUAUAUUGAGAGGCCACUACUAAUUUAUGGCACCAAAUUUGAUGUACGCCAAUGGUUUGUGGUAACAGACUGGAAUCCACUAACUAUCUGGAACUACAAAGAGUGUUACCUGCGUUUUUCAUCGCAACCAUUCUCCUUGAAGGAGCUACACUCUUCUAUACACCUGUGCAAUCAUUCCAUACAAAAGCACUGUAAAAUUUCCCAGAGUCGCCAUCCACAGCUCCCAAAAGAAAACAUGUGGUUCAAGAAUCAGUUUCAAGAUUACCUCCAGAUGAUUGGAGCAACCAAUGCAUGGAAAGAAAUAAUUGAACCAGGGAUGAAAGCAGCAAUUAUUCACGCCCUGCAAUGUUCCCAGGACAGGGUGGUGGGAAGAAAAAAUAGUUUUCAGUUCUAUGGUGCGGACUUCAUGUUUGGAGAGAACUUCCAACCCUGGUUGAUCGAAAUUAAUGCCUGUCCUGCUAUGUCACUGUCUACAUCAGUGAACAGCAAGCUUUGCAUUAGGGUCCAAGAGGACAUACUACGCCUUAUCCUAGACCGGAAACAGGAUGCUGAUGCUUAUGUGGGAGCAUUUGAGCUCAUUUAUAAACAACCUGCAGUAAAAAUCCCUCAACAUGACAGUAAGCAGCUGUUAGUUAAAGGGAGUGCAAUCAAAAAACCACUCCAGACCUCACCAUUCAUGACCAAUGAAAAGAACCAAACAUACAAAGGUUGUAUUGCUAAGGUUGAAAGGAACCCUUGCUUAUUAAACAGAGCAAAAACCACAGCAACCUGGAAAGAAAUAAAAGUAGGGAGAGAAACUUCACCUUCUAAGAAGGUUGAGGUCACUGUGCUUCCUACUAUUAAACAGGGACUAGAGAAGAGAAAGGGAGUUAACCAGUAUCAGCUGCCAAAAUUGUGUGCACACGAAAAGACCAUUACAAGGAAAGACCCAGAAAGGACUAAAAAGGAAGCAUUUGGCCCAAAAAAAUUGGCCAAUAUGGAUUCUGGCCAUUUACAAGUAAUUGGUCAACUAGCUAAGAAACAAAAUCCAGGAUCACUAACGAGCUCGUUAGGUAAAGGACCAAGUUCUUUAGCAUAUCAAAUGUGUACCAGUGGCAAAACUAAUAAGGUAAUGAGAAUAAACAAAUGAUAAUAUUUCCAAAAGAACAAAUCCCAUUAAGCUACUAGAUGGCUUAAAUCACUUACUGCAACCUUCUGGCCCUGCAGGCAGUGAUAACCUUUGGAAAUUAAUUUUAAAGACAAAGUCUUAAAAACGUCAGACACCAAAGUUGUGAUUCCCCUGCAUUCUAAAUGUAUAUAGCAGGGUGGGAUGG